AUGACACGAAUAAUUUCAACUGAUGAUAUGGCUAAUGUUCGACAUUCUCUUGCUGAAGCGGGUAUUUAUUUUGAUAAAUUAUAUAUUAAUCAGGCUUAUUUUAAUAGUAAUUUCACAAUACAAACUUCAAAUAACAAACCAAAAAAGUCACAUACUAGUUUUUGGCAUAAAUUAUUAUGUGGAAAAGAUAAAAAACAAUCUUCAACAGCAAGUACACAAACAGCUUUAACAGUACGAGAUGAUAGUGAAUCGAUACCAGCUCCAGUCAAUCGUCGUCAACGUAUGGUUCCUACUGAAAAUAUUUAUGAUCGUCGACGUUAUCGUCCUAUGAAUCGAGAAUAUACACAUAAUAGUAAUCAACAAUCAAUGCGUCGUCGACGUUCAUCAUUUAUCAGUCGUGCUGCACAAAUACAACGUCAAAAACAAAUGAAUGAUGAGAGUGAAUUUGCUGUGUAA